UGCUCGUGAAUCGCAGUUGAUCACUGAAUUACCCGACGAGCCGGGAUACCGAUACACGUACAUGUGUGUGUACACCUGUAUAUGUAUAUAUCCGUAAAUAUAUAUACAUAUAUGCAUGUAUAAAUAAAUAAACAACCAAAUAAGUAAAUAAAUAUUUCUUGUUGUUGCUUACCGGUUUCGAACGACCGGUCGCCGAUUCGACUUGCACCAGUAUAGAAGAAACUCGUCGAAACUUAUCGAUCUUAGCCGCACUGAUUUCCGCAAACGGCGAUUUAACCAUCAGGUCAUUUUUACAGAUCGGUAAAAAUCGAAAUACGUUAUUUUACGUUAGUUAUAAUACCAGAUCCUUAAUUCGGCCACACGUGAACGUAUAUUUCGGAUAAUAAUAUACGACUGCGCCGAUUCAAAGACCUGCUCGGUAAACUUGGAUUUUGGACAACCGAUUCUACCCAUUUCUGUAUCCGGCGAUCUCGGACGAUAAUUAACGAUGGACCAGGUAGUCAGGAUGGUGGUGGACGCCUAUCGGGACCUAAUGGACAACAAAAGUGACCCGAGAGUUAACGGUUGGUUCAUGAUGAGCGGUCCAAUGCCGACGGCGUUGAUAUGCAUCACCUACGCCUACUGCGUCAAGGUGCUUGGACCUAAGCUGAUGGAAAACAGGAAGCCGAUGAAGCUCCGGAAGGUUUUAAUUUUCUACAACCUCUUCCAAGUCAUAUUCUCCUACUGGCUCUUCAAAGAGUCUCUUGUUGCCGGAUGGGGCGGUCAUUACUCCUUCAGAUGUCAACCGGUCGAUUAUUCCAACAACACGUUGGCCCUCAGAAUGGCCCACGCGUGUUGGUGGUACUACAUAUCCAAAUUCACGGAAUUCUUCGACACGAUAUUCUUCGUGCUUAGAAAGAAGAACGAACAGGUGUCGACCCUCCACGUCAUUCAUCACGGAAUAAUGCCGAUGUCCGUCUGGUUCGGGCUGAAAUUCACGCCAGGAGGUCACAGCACGUUCUUCGGUCUGCUCAACACCUUCGUUCACAUAGUGAUGUACUCCUACUAUCUGCUGGCCGCUCUCGGUCCCCAUAUGCAGCCUUACCUCUGGUGGAAGAAGUAUUUGACGACCCUGCAGAUGGUCCAGUUUGUUCUGGUUAUGGUACACGCGUUCCAGCUGCUCUUCAUCCAGUGCAACUACCCGAAGGCCUUCGUUUGGUGGAUCGGAAUGCACGCCGUGCUCUUCUACUUCCUGUUCAGGGACUUCUACCAGCAGGCCUACGUCAAGAAGUCACGCAACGUCGCCAGGACUGACGAUUCCAACGACGCGAAGCUACAGAACGGCAAAGUUCAGGACGGCGAGGGUAUCCUGAAGAACGGUCUGCAACUCGGCGCCGAUAACAAGGACGAGAUAUACGCCGGCAAGUACAAAAUGGCGACAGGCUACAUUUCCGGUAACGGAUUGAGGAACAGAGUCUUCAUAGACAAUAGGAGCAUCAGCGAAUAGAUGCGGCGAGACUUUAUACACUACUUAUAUGCCGAUAUAAAACCUCUUGCCAUUACGGAUCGAGGUCACCGAUCCUUUAUU